AUGACCAGACACGGAAAGAAUUCAACGGCAUCAGCUGUCUACAGUUAUUCCGAACGAAAGAAGGACUCAAAACAAUCUGGAUAUGGCACGUUGACAGAACGUUUGGGGGCAGAUUCGGUCAAGCCAUUCGACUGUUGUUGUCUAACUCUACAACCAUGCAAGUAAGUAUAUUUUUAAGUUAUUCAUAUGUUUAGGAAUCCAAUGAUAACACCAGAUGGAUAUGUUUUUGAAAAAGAGGCGAUAUUGGAGUACAUAGUCAAUCAGAAGAAAGAAUUCAAAAGGCGGAACGAUGCUUAUGAGAAGUAUAUGAUGAUGGAGGAGGAUAGGAAGAAGACAGUAAGUUCUGUCGUUUGUAUUAUGUUUCCAGAUCAAAAGUGUUACCUAUAAAUACUAAAUUGUAACUAACUGUUUGUUUAGGUUGAUCAAGAAUCUGAAGAAGAAAAGAAACGAAGGUUUGUGGCCAUGGAGUCAACUCCAACUCAUGUUUUCGCUUAUGGAGGAGGAAAUAAACGGAAAGCUACAGAAGACGCUGGACCAAGCACUAAGAAGGACAAGUAUCAUGAAGGUAGUUUGUCAAAUAUGGCAGAUGAAAAAGCAAAGGAAUGGAGAAGCUUUUGGGUACCUGAAUUACAAUCGACGGCUGAGGGAGGGAAAAUGGAAAAACCUGUAGGUUUAUCGUUCUUGGUUAAAAGGAUAAUUUAUGAUAGUUAAGCGUUUUUGUUUAUUUUUAGGCUAAUUUCUUUAACUAUAUGGUAUUAAUAGGUAAAACUUGUGUUUUUUGAAGUUAUAUCUAAUAUAUUGCUGGCCUUUUACAAAACGUAUAUCGUAUGUUUACAGCCUCAAAAAGUGACAAACCCAGUGAACGGAAAGCCCUUAAAGUUUAAAGAUUUGAUGCCGGUGAUAUUUACUCCAGUAGAUGAAGAAGCCGCUAAAACCAAUUUAAUUUACUCGAUGAAGGACAGAUAUAAGUGUCCGGUGACUGGUGACAUUCUGACAAACAGCAGUCGCUGUGCCUACAUUAAACCGAGGUAGUUUUGCAUCUUUUGCAAGUUAUAUUUUUUAUACAAUUUCAUAGGAGUUAUGCUCUGUAAUAUAAUGUAAAUUAUAAGUUAGGUAAAUCAGAAAAUUAGGGAAAACUUUUUUAAAGAUGGUUACACUUUUGUAAAUUAUAUUGUUUUACAGCCAAAAGAUUGUGUCGUGGAACUGCGUAGAGAAAAUAAUCAAGAAGGAUAUGAUAGAUCCGUUGACAAAUAAGAAACUGGCUGAAUCAGACAUUGUUGAGCUACAGAGAGGGGGGACUGGCUUUUCUUCGACCAAUAAAAUUGAGGCCAAAUUGGCUCGGCCACAAAUGGAAUUGGCAUAA